CCUAUCUACCAAAAGUGGGAGAGAGACCAGAGAUGGAAGCGGCUUCCAAGAACCCGCCGGAAGCUGCCGAGGUGACGGCGUACAUCUCGGAGGUGCGGCUCGAGUCCUCCUCCGCCACCGUCGGCUUCUCCGAGCCGUGCCCCUGCUGCGGCAAUAGGAAGCGCCGCUGCCUCCACCCCCCCUCCCGCUCCCGAAAGAAGCUCCUCGUCUUCGAGCCCGCCUCCGCCUCCGUACCCUCUCCCUCCCCCUCUCCCACCCGCCCCGCCCUCCUCCGCUCCGAGUCGUCCCCCCUCCCCUCCUCCUCCCGCCGCGCCGGCCUCUCGCUCGCGCCCUCGCCGCCAUCGCCCUCUGCCUUCCUCCGCUCCCACUCCUUCCCCUCCGCCCCGCUAGACCGCACCGUCUCCCCUGCUUUCCCUCCCCUUGUUGAAUCGCCCGCAGAGGCAUUCCGCUCCCCUCCACCGACCGCCGCCCCUCCCUUCGUGCACCUGCGCUCGGAUCCUGUCCCUCCGAUGUCGCCGCCGUCGUUGUUGGUGCCCGCGCUGUCGGACCGUCGCAGCGACCGGUCCAAUUCCAGCGCGGGCACCCCCCCAGCGGCGGAUACGGCGAUAACCUGCCCCGCGUCCAGCAAUAGGAGGGUCCGGAUGAAGGAUGGCGGGGCGUCGUCGGAGAGGGGCAUGGCGGAGUGGCGGAAGAGGGAGGCGGUGAGGGUGAGCGUCAACUGCGAGUGCGGUGUCGUCCGCGAGGUGGUUCUCCUCCAACAGUAGAGACGACAGAGAGAGUCCUUGCAACGGCCCCCUCAGCCGUUGAUGAGGAGAUUCCCGAUCCAUGAUGAUCGGCUUUUGUUAUCUUCUUCUUCCCGUGUUCGAUAUCCCCGACGGAACUGAUUCAUGUUGUACGGUACAGGAAAGAUCCUUUGAUACACCCACAUUUACUUCCCAAGCCAUUCACCUCUUGCACCCUUUAACAACUUGUUCUCACCCCGGUUUUCGUUGGAAUAAUUCGGACGUCGGGGUUGGAUAUGCUGUUUAUGUACAGUGGGUGUAAAGGCUUGAUUGUCCUACAAACACGUUGAAAUAAAAUAAUUGCACGGAAGUGAAAUGUUACAAGCGUUGUGAUUGUGACCGGAAUUGCUUCAUAAA